AUGAACGUCUUAGUUUACUCAGGUCCUGGUACCACCACCGAAAGCGUCAAGCACUGUCUCGAGUCGCUUCGGAUACAUCUUUCCCCGUACUAUGCUGUGGUCACGGUUGGAGAAAAGUCACUUCUCAAUGAUCCAUGGCAGCUUAAAACCAAAGCCCUUGUGAUUCCUGGAGGUGCAGAUACUCCCUACUGCAACAGUUUCAACGGGGCUGGAAAUCGACUCAUCACAAACUUCGUGCGCAAGGGAGGCAAGUUCAUUGGUUUUUGUGCCGGGGGUUACUAUGCUGCUGCCAGGUGUGAGUUUGAAGCUGGGACUGCAAACGAAGUAUCUGGAUCAAGGGAAUUGGGAUUCUUUCCAGGAACAUGCGUGGGUACCGCAUAUAAGGGGUUUGUCUAUAACUCACACGAGGGAGCUCGCAUCACACCCAUCUCGGUGCUGGGCAGUCUUGACUGUCCCCCCACUGUUUUCAACUAUUAUAAUGGUGGAGGUGUAUUUGCUAAUGCCGACAAAUUGUCUAAUGUCGAGGUGCUUGGGCGGUACACAGAGGAUUUGGAUACUCCUCCAGAAGCCGGCAACGCGGCGGUGGUAUACUGUCGUGUUGGAAAAGGAGGAGCUUUGUUGACGGGAUGUCAUCCUGAGUUUGGGCCCAUUGCGGGAAAUAGCAGCAGCUAUGGCAGCAGAGAACCAUCUCCUCAUGGGCAAGCAAUAUUGGGGUCUCUUCAGCCCCAUGACGGUGAUAGGAACAUUUUCUUGAAGGCGUGUUUGGCCAAGCUCGGACUCCAAGUGAAUAGUGAACUGAGUAUUCCCACCAUUACACCUAUUCACAUUCUCUCAUUGUUAGAUCCUUCAAAAACCAUCAAAAUGGUGGAGACCAUGAAAACCAAGCUUGAUUUCAUUGGAGAUACCUUCGAGGAUACUGUUGAUACGUUCCAUUUGCACGGACCCCACGAAGUGGUUGAACGGCCAGAUGAUGGUACUCACUUGAUCUUGCACGUGAGCGAUGCACCCGAUAGUAAAGACACUCCGUACUUCAACACCACCAAAUACUUUGAGGCUUUACAAACACUCUAUGACACCAACCACGUCAAGGACGGGCAGUUUGGCCAGAUUAUUGGGUAUGGAGAAGUGGUGACAUCCACCAGCUCUCUUCUCGAUAAAAACUCCAAAUGGCUUCCCUAUGUUCCCCACGGCUUCGUGAUGUGUGCAACCACCCAGGUGGCAGGAAGGGGCCGCGGAGGAAACGUGUGGGUCAACCCCAAAGGGGUGAUGGCCCAAUCAGUGGUGUUUCGAGUAAAUCCCAAGAACGCUCGUUCCAUUGUGACAUUACAAUAUGUUCUUGGGUUGGCACUCGUGGAACUGAUUAUGAAUUAUGGCUGCACCGAGCCUGGUACUGGAGCUGGGUACGAAGAGAUGCCGGUGAAGCUCAAGUGGCCCAACGACAUUUAUGCCUUGAAACCGGAGUUUUUCAAUGAGUUUGGUGAUCAUCAUAGCCCUACCACCAUUGAUGGUACCGACGAAAAGUACGCCAAGGUCUCGGGUGCCCUUGUCAACUCGCAGUUCAUCGAUGGGAAAUUUCAUCUUGUGUGGGGAGCAGGAGUGAAUUUGGCCAACGAAGCUCCAACCACUUCACUUAAUUUGAUUUUGGCUAAACUCAACCAAAUCAGAGCCAAGAGGGGUUUACAACCACUACCUCUUUAUGAACACGAGGUGUUACUUGCUAAGAUCAUGUUCACCGUGAACCAGUUCUACAGUGUGUUUGAGCAUUCGGGAAUGACACCUUUCUUGCCGUUGUAUUAUAAAAGAUGGUUCCACAGUGACCAGGUGGUGACGGUGACUUCAGAUGGGACAACGAGAAAGUGUCGCAUUCAGGGAAUUACCGAAGACAAUGGGUUGCUUGUGGUGGUGGACCAGUCUAGUAAAGAGAAGUUGGAGCUUCAGCCGGAUGGCAACUCGUUUGACAUUUUCAAGGGGUUGGUGUAUCGGAAGAUCCAGUGAUUCGCAGCCAAAGCUGUUGCAGGAUAGGCUAAUUGUACAAUACAGAAUAGGCUAAUAAGAACAGGCUAACACUAUACAAAUAUACAAUGUGUAUUGAAGCAGCCAGCUAAAAAACAGUAUUUUAAAAAUAUGCUCUUAGGCCGUUUGUGGAAUCUAGUUGCAAAUGGACUUUGUGCUUACGCGACCGCGACCACAUUAUUUUGCUACUAAAUAACAUGAAGGUUCAGGUGCUAGAAUGGAAUGCUGUUGCUUCAUGGCACUGGGACUUGAAAGUCGACGACUCGGGAGUUGCCGAUGAGCUCUGUGGUAUUUGUCGAGUGCCCUUUGAUGGGACUUGUCCCAGCUGUAAGUAUCCCGGUACUGACUGUCCGUUGAUACUAGGUGAUGGGUGUACUCAUAACUUCCAUCUCCAUUGUAUACUCAAAUGGUUGGAGCAAGAUACUUCCAAAGGACUCUGUCCUAUGUGUCGACAAGUGUUUGUCUACAAGAGGAUAAAGAAUAUGGGCACUAGUGAAGAGCUUCAUAAUCUCCAGGUGCUUAUUGAAGGCCAUAAAGCCAUGCGGGAGAGAGAGAACGAGGAGAAUGAAUUCGAUCUGUUCGAGGAUGAUGUUCGAAUGACCGACUAGUUGAUAAAGAAGACUUCUCAAUACACCCUUUUACACCACUACGACCCCCUGAUGACUUAUGACCAUAUAGUUCAAUAUAUGCCUAUUAUCCUAUCCA